AUGAUUGAAUACACUGUAAACGAAGGCUGCAAGACAAUUCGUGUCAGCAAUCUAGACACAAGAAUCACCAGCAAGAUGCUCACGGACAUAUUCUCAAUGAUAUCUUCUGUCAAGCGUGUAAAGAUUACCGAUAUCGAAUGUGGAGACGAUCUUUCCCAUGGUUUUAUAGAAUUCCAUGAACAUCAGGCAGCUGAGCAAGCACUUCAAGCAAUGAAUGGAAGAGCCAUUUUUGGUCAAAAAAUCCAAUUAAGUUGGGCAACAAAUGGUUAUUCUACACCAUUACCAGAAACCGACAACCAUGUCCACCAAACUAUUCGGGUAGACCACUUGAGCCCUGACACAAAAGAAGAAGAAGUUGCCAAAUCAUUUUCAGUCUUUCCGGGCAUGUUAAACGCACGGAUUGUCUGGAACCCGAGUACGGGGAAACCAAAGGGUUUUGGCCUCAUCACUUUUAACACAAAAGAAAAUGCCGAAAACGCCAUGACUACGAUGACUGGCAAGAGCAUAGGUUCCAACAAGAUUGAGUGUAGUUGGCUAGAUACGGCAGUGAAGAUCACAAACAGUCCAACAAUCACAUCAACUACAAUAAGUACAGAUUUGAAGAACAAGAAAGCCACAGUAGCAAAUAUGACUUACGAGCAGAUAUUCGCACAAGCACCCCUCUACAACACAACCGUAUACGUAGGCAACCUUCCGCGCGGCAUCACACGUCAACAGAUUGGUCCGUUCUUUCAACAAUAUGGAUUUGUUUCAGACAUCCUUGAACGCUCAAAUGACGGUUAUGCAUUAGUAAAGCUGGAUACCCAUGCAAAUGCUUCUAGUGCAAUACUCGCUCUUCAAGGGUUCAAUAUUGGCGGUCAGCCAAUAGAGCUUUCCUGGGGAAAAGACACAAUGCUUCAGUCAAAUAACGAAUUCUAUGCAGGAGAAAAUCUUAGAAAGUAUACGCCCGGUCAAGCCGAAAAUAAUAACUGGGUGUUACCAGGAACAGGAUUAUGCGACUAUAAUACCAUGCGACCCCCAGCACCCGUAGCAGGAUCCCAAGGAAAUACUGACAAUGGAACAGGCGUGGGACAGCAUGGAUGGAACCAAUAUUACCAGCAUUAUUACAGUGCUGGUCACCAAAGUAUUUAA